AGAUGUUAUCUCUAAUAGAUAAUUAGUCAUCAAGAUUUUAUUAGGUAAUUGAGCUCCAAAUAUAAUUAAAACUAAGAAGCAAUUAGUUAAGGGAACUUUUUGAGUUGCCUGGGUGGACUGGAAUUGGAUGGCUUUAAAUGUUCCUGGUUCUGGUGUUUGGUUUUCUUUAUUUCUUGACCAUGUACGUUGGGAGGGGUGUCAAAUGUCAAUCUUCUGGUGGUUGUUUUAAUAAAGACCAAUUGCCGUGUUGAACCUGCAGUGUUAAUUUCAAAUGGUUUCAAAAUGCUUGGAGCCAAUUGUAUCUUUGCCUUGAACUUGCAAACAGGUCACUUACUUGCAUGAUGUUGCAACGACACCUAAAUUACCAGCUUAAUUAAAUGACUGCUGUUGGUAAUGGUUGUUUGUUUCUAAUGUGGUGAUAGUUUUACUCAUGGUUUUGACACCAAACUAAUCUAAAUUCCUUUUUUUUUCGAUCAGCCAAAUCACUAAUCUAAAUUCAUAGUGUUUGCCCCUGAAAAACUUUGGGGAAACUUUAGACUUGCCUUUCCUUCAUGGUUCUCAACUUCUCAUUGUUUCAUUGCAUGGUACUCACUAUUUUGUCAUAUUCUCUUGUAGCAUACAUGCCACACUUGAGCCUUCUUUAUGGUGACCUUACGGAUGAAGAGAAGAAGAAAGCUCAAGAAAAAGCCAACAUUCUAGAUGAGAGUGUUUACACCUUGAGCUUCCAGAUAAGUCGUCUUGCACUGUAUAAAACAGAUACUGAGGACAAGACUUGCAAAUCCUGGGCGAAGGUUGCUGAAUACAACCUCAGCCCCAAUUAGUUCCUCCUCCUCCUGAGUUCUCUCUAACUUUCAUCAACGCAAAUAACCGUGGACUGGCCAUGUGAAUCUCCUUCCUUAUGAUGCACAUAACUUGUUAUAAUAACAAUACUUAACCGUGUUAUCAAUUGCUUCUGGCUUGGCAAUUUGGUUGGUCAAUAACCUGUGACUUACAACGUACCACUUGUUUUGGUUUUUAAUGCCUGGAUGUUGAAUUGGAUAAUAUUGAGUUGUAGGGUUCAGUCUGAAUAGUACAGCCUGACCCAGCUGGUUCUGCCGACCAUAACCUUUGCUUAUCUAAGAAGCUCGUCCUUUUAACAAGUCAAAGUCAGCCCCGUUUUUCUGGAUAAUUAUCAACUCAACCAUUUCUCAGUCAAAAAUCCCAUCCAUAUUUCACGCUUCUGCCAUUUCAUUUCUGCCCCCAUUUUCAACAUAUGAUGGUUCAUGGUAUUGAUUGGAUAAAAUUCUUAUCCUCUG